CAAGGUCUCAUUGCCCCCUCCCCUCCGCGCCAAGAUGGCGGAGUUCGACUUGACCACGAACAUCGGGCGCUGCCUGGACAGGCAUCUCGUCUUCCCGCUGCUCGAAUUUCUGUCCGUCAAAGAGAUUUAUGAUGAGAAGGAGCUGCUGCAAGGGAAGCUGGAUCUGCUCAGCAACACGAACAUGGUGGAUUUUGCCAUGGACGUAAAUAAGAACCUGUACCCCAACCAAGACAUCCCACAGACUCUCAAGGAGAAGCGAGCACAGGUUGUAUCUCAACUGAAGCAGCUUCAAGCGGAGACGGAGCCCAUAGUGAAGAUGUUCGAAGACGCGGAAGUCCAGAGGCAGAUCCAGAACGCACGGGAUGGACGGCAGCUCUUCGAUUACCUGGCUGAGAACCACGGGUUCCGCGCAGAGUACCUGGACACGCUCUACAAGUACGCCAAGUUCCAGUACGAAUGCGGGAACUACUCGGGAGCAGCGGAGUACCUCUACUUCCACCGUGUGCUGGUCCCUGCCAACGACCGCAAUGCUCUGAACUCGCUGUGGGGAAAGCUGGCGUCCGAGAUCCUGAUGCAGAACUGGGAGGCGGCAAUGGAGGACCUGUCCCGGCUCAAGGACACCAUCGACAACAACUCGGUCAGCUCUCCGCUGCAGGCGCUGCAGCAGCGCACGUGGCUCAUCCACUGGUCCCUCUUCGUGUUCUUCAACCACACAAAGGGGCGUGACAACAUCAUCGACCUCUUCCUCUACCAGCCACAGUACCUGAACACGAUUCAGACCAUGUGCCCGCACAUCCUGCGCUACCUGACCACCGCCAUCAUCGCCAACAAGGAUGCACGCAAGAGGCGACAGGUGCUCAAGGACCUGGUGAAGGUCAUCCAGCAGGAGUCGUACACAUACCGCGACCCCAUCACGGAGUUCGUGGAGUGUCUCUAUGUCAACUUCGACUUUGACGGCGCUCAGAAGAAGCUGCGGGAGUGCGAGACGGUGUUGAUCAACGACUUCUUCCUUGUCGCUUGCCUGGACGACUUCAUCGAGAACGCCCGCCUCUUCAUUUUCGAAACCUUCUGCCGGAUCCACCAGUGCAUCAGCAUCAGCAUGCUCGCGGACAAGCUGAACAUGUCCCCGGAGGAGGCGGAGCGUUGGAUCGUGAAUCUGAUCCGGAACGCCCGGCUCGAUGCCAAGAUCGACUCGAAGCUGGGCCACGUGGUGAUGGGCAACAACGCAGUGUCGCCGUACCAGCAGGUCAUCGAGAAAACGAAGAACCUCUCCUUCCGCAGCCAAAUGAUGGCCGUCAACAUCGAGAAGAAAAUGUCUCAGAACAACCGCGUGGAGGCGCCACACUGGGCUGCUGCGGAGGUGUUCUACUGAGGGGGAGCGCUCGUGAAACCUUACCGGCCUCUCGCCCAUCACCGUGUUUUCUGAAUGAAUCUCUCGUGGUAUGAGAAUCGGGCUCGUGCACAUUUUUACGGCAGUUUAUUUUUGCCAAAUGACUCGACGAAACGAGAAAUAAAGAUGGAAAACCCAGACCAAA